AUGGAGCCCGUCGCCGUGCCCGCGGGCGAGGGCGACCUCGCGGUGGCCGCCAAGUUCGCGCUGGAGUCAAUCAACGGAGCCGGGGCGGAAUCGUCCGCCGCCGCGGAGCGGAACGGCGACCGCAGCGAAAGCUCCUCCGCCGGGUCCUCCUCCUCCGAAGACGACGACGACGACGGCUCCGACGAUGACGACGGCGAGGCGGUCCGUCCGUCCACCGAAGGCGCGGAGUACGAAUUCAGCGACGGCGAAGACGCCGACGGCGCGAAUCGCGUCAAGCCGACCAACUACCCCGCGAUCAUCCGCGACGGCGACGACUCCAGCGAGUGGUCCGACAGCAGCGACGAGGACGUCGAGGAGUUGGACAUGGCGAACAUGCCGCGGUGGCUCGAAGACAUCAAGAACGGCGUGGACCGCGACCUCGACGACGAUGCCUGCCACGCGGAACCCCCGCGAACGAAGAACGAGAUCCCCGAGGAACAACUCCCGGCGCCGCCCCCGCCGCCCCCCAUCGGCGCCGACGAAGCCAUCGUGCCCAUCGGGGACGUCAUCAGCGUCGUGGGCGACACCGUCGUGGUGCAGUCGCUGCCCAACACUCCGCCGCUGGACGAGGAGUCCAUACUGUGCCUCGACACGCGCCGGGGGCUCGGCGCCGUCGAGGAGGUCUUCGGCCCGGUGGCGUCGCCGCUCUACGCGUUGCGGGUGCCCAAAUCCCGGGGCGGGGGCUCCGCCGAGGGGGGCGGGGGUGCCGAGGGUGCCGCCGAGGGUGCCGCCGAGGGUGUCGAGGUGGCCAUCGCAUCGGACGUCAACGUUGGCGCGCGCGUCUACGUCGUCGAGGGCAGGUCGCGGGUCAUCGAGACCAAGGGGCUCUACACGAAAGGCUACGACAACAGCGGCCAAAACGACGAGGAGGUCGACGACGACGACGACUACUCGGACGACGAGAAGGAGGCCGAGGCGAAGAAGAAGAGGAAGCAGAAGAAACGCGGGGCGGACGGGGUCGGUAAGGCUGGUGGGGCGGUGCGCGACGGGGGGCUCGCGGCGGCGGCGGCCGCGGCGGGAACGGGAACGGGGACUGGCGCGCAUCAUCAUCAUCGUCAUCGUUUCCAGCCCAAGGUUCCGCCGGCGGCGCAGUUGGCGCACAUGGGCAUCGUGGGGCACCAACACCAGCACCAACACCAGCCGGGCUUCGCGCCCCAGCAGCCGCCGAUGAUGAUGCAGACGCCCGCGGGUAUGGUACCCGUGAUGCAUCAACCCGGCGGAUACGUGCAGACGCCACAGGGGUUGGUGCAGAUGGUGCCGAUGAUGGUGCAGCCGCCGCAGCCGCCGCGGGCGCAGGGGCAGUCGUACUACCAGGCGCCGGGGCAGACCAACCCGCCCCCGCCGCCGCAGUGA